AUGACACAAAUCACCGACAAUAAGGCGGCAUGGCUUCCAUUCGAGAAAGCACCUUCGAUGGAAAUUGGACCUGGCCCUACGCCUAAUCCUGCUGAGAAUGAGGUAGUGAUCAAAGUAGCAUACGCAGCCGUAAAUCCAACCGACUGGAUCAUGCAAGACCAACCUUACGCCCACCCCCAAUAUCCUUUCAUAAUCGGCGUCGACGUCUCUGGAACCAUCGCACAACUUGGCUCAGCCGUGACUCGAUUCGAAAUCGGCCAGCGAGUUAUUGGGCACUGUGACAGUCUUCUCACCCUAAAGGCUACCAAUGCUGGCUUCCAACACUACACAACCUGUCGCGAGAUCCUCGUUUCUGAAGUUCCGAACUCGGUUCCUUUGGCCAACGCCGCUGUUCUUCCGCUCGCAAUCGACACUGCGUCUACGGGGCUCUUCAAACAUCUCAAGCUCCCCUUCCCGUCCGUCGACCCGAAACCGACUGGGAGGACCAUCUUGAUUUGGGGUGGUAGUUCCUCGGUUGGCUCUACAGCAAUUCAAUUGGCACUCGCUGCUGGACUGACUGUUGCCACAACAGCAGGAGCACACAACAAGGCCUACGUAAAGGAGCUUGGCGCCACCCAUGUCUUUGAUCACAAAGCCCCAAACGUCAUUCAAGACAUUUCGAAAGUCCUUAAAACCGGUGAUGUGGUCUUUGAUGCUAUCGCCGUGGAAAGCUCUCAAAAGGCCUGCGCGACAAUCCUACACAACAUUGGAGGCGGCAAGCUCCCCGUUGUUCUUUGGCCCUUGCCAACCGAAUAUGACGAUGUCGAAUUCGCGUUUGUUAAUGGCCUCGAUCCUGGACUUGUCGAUCUCGAUAUCGGGGAUGCGGUUUGGCGCAAGUUCCUCCCGCAGGCUUUGGCGGCUGGGAGGUUUCAGGCUAAGCCCGACCCGGAGGUUUUGGAGGGGGGGCUAGAGAAGGUUCAGGAGGGAAUUGAUAUUCUUAGAAAGGGGGUGUCGGCGAAGAAGAUUGUGAUUGAGAUUGCAAAGCACGAUUGA